AUGAAUAUACUGAGACUAUCCGUUGAGUCUAAUUCAGUAUCUGUCAACAUCACUGCGCACAAUGAAAUUGCAAAAAGUAUUAGAGCAGUGAGAAAAAGUUUGUCUUAUUACGAUAAGUUAUUGGACAGUUUUGAAAAUCUGGCCAAGAUCCUGCAAUAUGAGUUAACAAUCUAUUGGGUUACGGAAUUUUUGAGGGCAUCUAUCAUCACAUAUAAUGCACUUCAAGGACUUAUUUCAUCGAAAGGGGAACAUCUCGUUUUGCAGCACUCUAAUUCGGUAAUGACACUGAAUUUAAUGGAGGUAAUCAUAUCAGUAGCUUUGAUAAGCUGUCCAGCCAUUAUUGUGGAGGCUACCGUAUACGAAGUAAAUCGAAUUAAGAAGACGCUUACUGCACAAAUACUGAAAUGCUCAGACGAGUAUCUCCGGUUCGAGCUGCAGACGGCGCUGCAGUACGUGCGCCUGCGUCCGUUCCGAUACACGCUCUGCCGCGCGGUGCCGCUCGACAUCAACCUGCUGUUCACCACCGCCGCACUUUGCAUUACUUAUGUCAUUGUAGCUUUGCAGUUGACGCAUUUUGCUGCAUAA